CGACUGCUCGACAUGGGAAACUCGGAAAGUUCAGUGGAAGAACACGUGGAGCAGGCGAGAAAGACUGGCGUCUGCUCUCUCAAGGAGCGCAAGCUGUCGCAAGUGCCACCGGCAGUGCUGAGUCUGAAGUCAAGUCUGAGGACCCUGGAUCUGUCAGUCAACAGACUGACUUCCCUCCCUCUGUCUAUGGGAGAUUUCUCUCUCCUGAAGACACUCAAUGUCUCUCACAAUAGACUGACUAGUCUUCCAGACCUCGGCCAGUUGAAGAAACUCGAGACACUGACAGCAGAUGACAACUCUCUCUCCUCUCUCCCCGACUCAUUCUCCCAGCUGAAGUCACUGAAAUCUCUCCAUCUUUCACACAAUAAACUGUCCACCUUCCCUCCCCAUCUUCGUCAGCUAUCACACCUCCAGUUUGUCGACCUAUCGACCAAUCAGAUUGCAGAGAUUCCAGCUGAGAAUGUCGAAGGAUUAGCGCUAGUCGAGCUGAACCUAAACAACAACAGUGUGCUAAGAGUGGAAGAGAACACACUCCAGUUGGGAGGCAUCCCUCCCUCCCUCCUCUCCUCCUCUGCCAUCAGUCUCCUCUGUACAUCUGGUAACCUCUUCCAGAACAGGGAGCUGCAGGAUCUUCCCGAGUACCAGCUGUAUAUGGAGAGAUAUACUGCCACUAAAAGAAAAGCAGAUUAG